UUUUUACAGGAUCCUGAUGAAGAAAUUGCCAAAAUGGAGUUGACUAGAAAAAAGCAGUAUGAGAACCAGCCGUCCUGGAAUAAUGUUCACAGAAAUGCCCAUAUGCUGAUUCCUACUCCAGAUAAAGAUGAUGAUCCAGUUGGUGCUGAUUUCUCUCACUUUAUACAUCUGAGCAUUGUUCCAACCAGAGCUUCGCCACUACCCAUUCUAGGCUGGGCAAACAGAGAGGAUGUAUGGAAAAACAUGAUAAACAAAGAAGAGACAUAUGUGAGGGAUAAACUUUAUAUGCAAAGACACCCUCUCCUGCAACCUAAAAUGAGAACCAUCCUUCUAGACUGGCUAAUGGAGGUUUGUGAAGUCUACAAGCUCCAUAGAGAAACUUUUUAUUUAGCACAAGAUUUCUUUGAUCGGUUUAUGGCAACACAACAGAAUGUUGUAAAAACACUAUUGCAGCUCAUUGGUAUCUCUUCUUUGUUCAUAGCAGCAAAGCUUGAGGAAAUCUAUCCACCAAAGUUGCACCAAUUUGCCUAUGUUACAGAUGGAGCUUGUACAGAAGAUGAAAUCCUCAGUAUGGAAUUGAUUAUUAUGAAGGCUCUUAACUGGAACUUAAACCCACUGACAGUUGUAUCAUGGCUAAACAUUUACAUGCAAGUUGCAUAUUUAAAUGAGCUUUAUGAGGUAUUGCUGCCACAAUAUCCACAGCAAAUAUUUGUACAAAUAGCAGAGCUCCUGGAUCUCUGUGUGCUGGAUAUUGGCUGCUUGGAAUAUACAUAUGGUGUCCUUGCAGCUUCUGCUUUGUAUCACUUCUCCUCAUCUGAGCUGAUACAGAAAGUUUCAGGUUAUGAAUGGUGUGAGAUAGAGGACUGCGUGAAGUGGAUGGUUCCGUUUGCGAUGGCUAUAAGGGAAGUAGGAAGCUCCAAACUCAAACACUUUAGAGGUGUAGCUCCUGAAGACUUGCACAAUAUACAGACGCACAUAAGCAGCUUGGAUUUGCUG